CUCUCUCUCUCUCUCGCUCGCUCUCUCGCUCGCUCUCUCUCGGUUCAUUUCCGUUUCCGUGCAGUUUUUCUCUGGAUGCAGUUUUCCUCUGUAAUAGAAGCUCAGAGUCAGUAAUCCUGUAUAAAGAGGUUAUAAGCGGUAAUUAAGGGUUAUAAUGGGGGAUAUCGAGUCUCCGGACAGGAGCGAGUCUCGCGCAGCCCAAGUGUUUUCUCUCCUAAUGAGUAAAGAACUGAUCGGAUCGAGAAAAGGACAACUUUUACUGGCAGAAGUGAUUUCAUCCUUCAUCAGUUUUGUGUGUUUUUGUGCUUCGACAGCAGCAGCGUUCGUCACCGCUCCUCUCCUCGCCUUCAUCUCCGCUCUGCUCAUCCUCUUCGCUCACGCCAUCAAAUUCAACCAAAGAUUUAAAGGCUUUCACUGGCCACUGAUGGAUUUUUUGCGCUGUAUCACCGCCUCCAUCGUCUUCUUCAUCAUCUCCAUCAUGGCCGUGUCCAAAUAUCCAGACGGGUCGUCUAAAGCUGCAGGAGUGUUCGGGUUUGUGGCCACCAUCGUGUUUGCGUUGGAUUUUUAUUUCAUCUUUAACGAGCUCGCUGACUUCCUGAAGGGCGGCGGCUCUAACGAGGAACCUCAGAACAAACAAGACGCCGACUCGGAUUUAGACUCGGAUUAAAGCGGGGAUUGGGACGUGACCGAGCCAGGAGAGGAGAGAGCUCCAGCGCCUGAAAGGAAAUAAAGCACACACUGUGCAGGUUUACAUUCAGGCUCAGGAUUAUACACACACACACACACGCACACACACACACACGCACGCACACACACACGCACACACACACACACACACACACAGUGCUGUGAGAGUUAAACCCGUCCUUGAGUACCUGAAAUUUAAACUACAACUUGAUCUGGGGACAUGUCUAUGUUUGUAUUAAAAAUACUGAGAUGUAUGAAUAUGUAUGAGUAUGUAUGAAUAUGUAUGAGUAUGUACGAGUAUGCAAAUUAGGAAGCUCUCUAACAUCAUCUGAACUUGAUAACAUAAUAAUACUUUUGCAUUUUAAAAAGCACCUGCACUAUCAUUAUCCUCUUGUCAUUUGCAUACUGGACUGUUAUAGGUUUACAACCUUUGUGACAUCGCCAUAGCCCCGCCUCCUUUUUUUUUUCCUAAUCUGAGAACAUGAAGUGACUUUAUUGUUGGUGUAAAUAUGUUCAUGUUGCUGAGUUUGAGUGUGUUCAAGUGCGCACUUGAGUCACACACACUCCCGGGGAAGUCAAUAAGAUUCUUGUCCUGCAGUGACCAAAGCAUCAAAGACUGCGUGACCUUUUGGGUUGACUGUGACCUAAUGACCUUUGACCUUCUGUGUGAAGUGCCUUUUAUAAAGCUGUACGCUCCAGGCUUCUUUGGAUGUUAAUUAUAAUUCUAGUUUUCUAAAGAGGUUUUAUUCUUGUUAGGAAGCUAGGAGAAUGUUCUCUUUCUGAAAUCUGCACAGAACCCUGACUGAAGAACCUUCACAGUGCUGCGUGGAACCCAAAAUAUUUUAAUUACCAAAUGGUUGUGUUUACGUGUUAGAAUUGGAAGCCUUUCAAACGGUGUUUAGUGUGUGUGUGUGUGUGUGUGUGUGUGUGUUACGUGUGAAGGACUUUUUUAAACUAACCACUGCUUUAUUUUCUUUAUUUUGUGUUGUUGUUGUUUUAUUUUUGCACCAGAAUAAUCUGAAUUAUAACUGAGUUGAUGUGAAGUGUGAAUGUUUGUGC